AUGUGCAAGUCAGAGGAAAGUCUCUCGAGUCGGUCCACGUCCACAUUAUCGGAGCUGUCCGUGUGCAGUGAAGGAUCCAGCUAUGCUGCUGCUGUUGCCAGAAACACCACCUCUGCCCCUCCAUGGAGAGCAAAGAGACAAAGUGACAUCAAUGGAGCAGACACUAAAGGAGAGAGAAAGUUCACUGCCGCUGCGCAAGAGAAUGAAUGUUCACCAGUCGACUGUGACGCGGCACAGGCGCCUGAAGCUGUUCCUCAGUCUCACCAGCCUCUCACUGCCGUCACAAAACCAAACCCAGAGACAGAGUCUGCCACGAUUCACACACAGGAAACGCCCAGAGCACCUGACCAGGAAACACCAGGUCCUCUGACCAAACCUCAUCUUCCUCUCACUGCAGUGAUGAAGGUCAGCUCUGAAGCUCCAUCUCUUCACCAGGCUCCUGCCUCCAUUUCCAAAGCAACGAAAGAAACUCCAGUGGAGCCCUCUGCUGAUGUUGAUGAACCUAAGCCACAUCUGCCUGUCACUGCCAUGACAACCAAACCCACUCCCGAGGCUCCGCCUACAACCAAACCUGCUCAGUCUACAUCUUCAGUGACAAAAACAGCUGAGGCUUCCACGGUGGAGGCAGGAGAGAGUUUGUCCACUAGAGCCGUGUCUGGAGUGAAAGUCUCUCAGGAUCAACCAGGUUCUGGGUCUCAGUCACAUUUUCCCCUCACGGCUGUGACCAGAAGCAGCUCUGAGACGUCUGCUCCAGCUAAAUCUGACACGAGUCCUGGUUCUGCUCUGAAUCCUUCAGUGCCAGACUCCCCGACAAUGAAACACAGAGAAUAUCCAUUCAGACGUGACGUCGGUGAACCUAAGCCACUGUUGCCUCUCUCUGCCAUGUGCAAACCCAACACAGAGUCUUCAUCAUCAUCAGCAGCAGCUACAUCAGCUCAGUCUGUGACUGUGUCAGCAUCACAGGACUCAAUAGCAAAACCUGGGGAAUAUCCCUUUAAGCGGGCACCAGUUCUGAAAACACAGAGUCCGAGUCUGAAGAGAAGUGUGAGUUUCCCUCAGUCUGCAGAAAAGUUACUUCCCUCCAAAUCAAUCAUAAAAUCCGGUUUCUCACCAAGUCUGGACAAGAAAAUGAACAAACCAGCAUCUGUUGAGUUUAAACAGGAUCUCAUGAAAUCACAGACACUUCCCCGCGCUAACGGGGCUCAGGCCAAACGGGCUCUUUUUGAGAGGAUGAACUCAGAGCCGACCAAGCCUAAAGACCCGAAGCCUAAACUGAAGCGCUCUCAGAGUUUCGGUAUGUCCAGUGCCAGCGGCAUCAAACAGAUUCUACUGGAGUGGUGCCGCUCGAAAACCAUUGGCUAUCAGAACAUUGACAUUCAGAACUUCUCGUCCAGCUGGAGUGACGGGAUGGCUUUCUGUGCUCUGGUUCACUCCUUCUUCCCUCUGGAGUUUGAUUACAACACGCUGGACCCCACAAACCGCAAACACAACCUGUCGCUGGCUUUCACCACUGCAGAGGAGCAGGCGGACUGUCUCCGUCUGAUCGAGGUGGAGGACAUGCUGGACAUGGGGGACAAGCCGGACCCCAUGUGUGUGUUUACGUACGUCCAGUCCCUCUACAGCCACCUGAAGACGUUUGAAUGACUCUGUAUCAGAGCAGACGUUUUUAACCACAGUGUGUUGUGAACACUUGGAUAUAAGUUGAAAACCAGCCAAUGAUAAUAGGAAAAACUGUUAAAUCACAUGUGAUGAGUUUUAUACUGUACGUGUGUGUGUGUGUGUGUGUGUGUGGUCACCCGUUUCCCCUGUAGUAUUUGUAGAUAAAAACAGAUUUAUUAAAGUGUAGUGUCUUACGGCGUGUGAUGUGCAGUGUGUGAAUGACGCUGUAUUUACAACAACAAAAAAAGAAGCUUUGUGUGAUUUUCCAAAAAAUGACAAAGUUAAAAUAAAAAAUAUAGUUUGUAGCAAC